CACACCGUCUUAUUUAAGACAACAAAUAAAGCUCAACAGGAACUUAUUAUUCAAUCAUUUUCACACAAAGAUUGACUGUGAAUUUGAGCCAAGAUGAGACUUUCAAAUUAUGUGCGAACCAAUAAAUGGAAAUUGAUCAAAACACUAUUCUGUUACCUGGCCUUUUUCUGCUUUGGCGGUUGUAGUACACUGUUGGGAUCAUCUUUACUGGAUUUACAAAUCAGAUUGGGUGUUUCAUUCAAACAAUUGUCAAGUUUAGUUCCAAGUCGAUCAAUUGGGUUUUUUAUUGGAGGAAUAAUAUAAAUGAUUUUUUGUUAUUUAAGCUGGAUUCCUUGACAUGUGUUUGGGGACUGAUAUGGUAAUAUUUGUUGCCACUUUAACUGCUGGUGUGUUUACUAUAUUGGCGCCAUGGUUUAAACAAUUUUACGCAGCUUAUGCUUGUCUACUUUUAUCAGGAUUAGCUCAAGGAAUAUUAGAAAUCUAUACAAACAUCUGUUUAUUAUCAACUUGGAAUGAGGAAGCUUCAAAUUAUGUUCAGAUAUUGAAUGGUUUUUUUGGCUUAGGAUCUUUAUUGUCACCUCUUAUUGUUAAACCUUUCUUGUUACCUUUGGUUCAAAAUGAAACUGAAGCUCAAAGCGAUGAAGUUGUUCUUGGCGAUUACACUCCCGAUGACGUGAAAGUCCAGUAUCCAUAUUUAUUCAUUGGAUCGCUUCUGGUUUUUUCAUCGCUUGGCUUUCUUUUCUUUCACUUCAAGAACAAAUCGGUUCAAAACAAAAAUUUAUCUGCUGAUGUUGAGAUUGUUGAUGAUGAUCACCCUGUUUGGAAGAAAAUAUUUGCCGUUUUAAUUGUUUCAUUCAUAGCUCACACAACAUUUGCAGUUGAGCAAGUAAUUGGCUCAUUGGCACCAGCUUUCGUUGUAAAGUCGGAUUUAAGGAUGACAAAACAAAAUGGAGCCAAUCUAGUUUCAGCUUUUUGGUUCUGCUUCGCAUUUUAUCGUAUCAUUUUCAUCGCCUUUACCAGGUUUAUGACUGAACGACGUAUUAUCAUUUGCAAUUGCAUACUUUCUAUGAUAGGACUGAUAUUGAUGUGUAUCUAUCCUACACAAAGUCAAGUGAUUACAUGGGUUUCAUUCAUUUUACUGGGAAUCGGAUUUUCGCCAAUAUUUUCUUCCUCACUUGGACUGCUACAAAAAUACAUUACAGUCUCGAAUAGAUAUGCCUCAUUUUUAUUCAUAUUUGGUGGUGCAGGUGAAGCGGCUCAUCCAUGGAUUGUCUCAAAAUUCAUGGCGUCUUUUCCAAAACUUUUUGCCUAUUAUGUUGCUGUUUUAUCUUUUAUUCAAGUAAUUUCUGUUCUUUUAUUGUCGCCAAUAUGCCAGAAGCUUUUCAAAUUGAAAACAAAGACAACAUUGAAUAGAAUUGCUUCAGUCAGAUCAAGUCAAAAAUAGAUUUAUUUUCUCACAUUUCCAGAUACCAAAGAGUUUUAUAAAUUUUAUUGUAUAUUUUAACUUAUUUUUAUUUGAAAAUUAACCUAUUUAAUUACA